GACUUUCUUGUGUCAAAACGGUGUCGAGUUCUUUUCGUUUAAAGGUCUCUUGGGCGAAAGUUGUGUUUUUCUGUGCAUUUCACGUUUCGUGUCAAAAACUAUAGACUUAAAAAUGCGUUACGUGGCUGCAUACCUGUUGGCCGUUCUCGGUGGUCAAGAUAACCCCGCCAAUGCUGAUCUGGAGAAAAUUCUCAGCUCUGUGGGUAUUGAGGCCGAUGCCGAGCGUCUGACCCGUGUCAUCAAGGAGUUGAAGGGCAAGAGCAUAGACGAUCUGAUCAAGGAGGGUCGUGAGAAGCUAUCAUCGAUGCCCGUUGGUGGUAGUUGUGCUGCUGCUGCACCCGCAGCCGGUGCUCCAACGGCUGCUGCUGGUGGUGAUAAGAAGGAAGCCAAAAAAGAAGAGAAGAAGGAAGACUCUGAGUCUGAAGAUGACGAUAUGGGCUUCGCUCUCUUCGAAUAAGCCAACUUCUUUCAACAUUCGUUUGUACUGCGUAAAACAUUUACAACAGCAGAACUUAAGAACUGGGCAGCACAAUCAUCGACUGCUUACACAAUGCCA